AUGCUCCACGACGUCACGCUUCAAAGAGGGUCGACGACGAGAAAAGACGAUGCCGCUAUGAAGUCGCGCGUGUUCUCUACGCUGCGCGCAUUGCAACAUGAGAACCCUCUGGGUCUUCCGCGCUCCGGUGCGCCACCGCAGAUUCCACGCAUGCAACGCGGCCUACCACAAAAGCGCAGCAUCAAAGAUGUAAACAAGGUCGUCGCCGUUUCGUCUGCCAAAGGCGGCGUCGGCAAGUCGACAAUAGCAGUCAAUCUCGCCCUCUCGUUCGCCCGCCGCGGUCUCCGCGCCGGCAUCCUCGACACCGACAUCUUCGGCCCCUCCAUCCCCACCCUGCUCAACCUCUCCGGCGAGCCAAGGCUCUCACCAAACAACCAACUCCUCCCCCUCUCCAACUACGGCAUCAAAUCCAUGUCCAUGGGCUACCUCGUCGGCGAAGACAGCCCCAUCGUCUGGCGCGGCCUGAUGGUGAUGAAAGCGCUGCAGCAGCUCCUGCACGAAGUCGACUGGGGCGGGCUCGACGUGCUCGUGCUGGACCUGCCGCCGGGCACGGGCGACGUGCAGCUGACCAUCACGCAGCAGGUCGUCGUCGACGGCGCCGUCGUCGUCUCCACCCCACAAGACAUCGCCCUCAAGGAUGCCAUCAAGGGUGUCCACAUGUUCCGCAAGACGGCCGUGCCGCUCCUCGGCGUCGUCGAGAACAUGGCCGCGUUCCACUGCCCCCACUGCCACGUCGAGACGCCCAUCUUCGCGUCUACGUCUGCGUCUGCGUCUGCACAGUCUUCGUCCGACGAUGUCGCCACGGCGCACGCGCACUCCCUCCACGCCCGCUUCGAGGCCCUCGGCGUCCCCCUCCUCGGCCGCAUCCCGCUGCACCCGCGCAUCUGCGCCGACGCCGACCGCGGCAAGCCCAGCGUGGUGGCCGAGCCGGCCGAGAGCCCGAACGUGGUCGCGUUUGAGGCGGUGGCGAGGGGCGUGGCGGAGAGGAUUGGGUUGAAGUGGUGA